AUGCAACUCAAACAAGUCAUCCUCCCUGCCCUUGCCCUAUGUGGCUCGGCCUUAGGAUCUCCGACGCCCGCCAAACGAGCAGAGGAGAAGGUCGGGUAUCUCUCUGUCUACUGGACAACGGACGACGAGAGUGUCUACUUUGCAUUGAGCGACAAUGAUGACCCGCUUGGCUUUGCCGCGAUCAACGGCGGUAAAGCUGUCGUUUCCCCAACCCUGGGUACCAAGGCUGUUCGCGACACCAGUAUUAUUGCGGGACAGGGCGAGAAUGCCGGGAAAUAUUGGAUCAUUGGGACGGACCUCAAUAUCGGCGAAACAACCUGGGAUGAUUCGGUCCGCACUGGCUCGCGUGCGAUCUAUGUCUGGGAGAGCUCAGACUUGGUCAACUGGAGCGAGAAUACCCUGGUGACGGUUGAGAAUAGCACGGCUGGAAAUUUAUGGGCCCCAGAUGCCAUCUGGGACCCUGAACAAGAACAAUACUUAGUCCACUGGGCCUCGAAAUUCUAUUCCGCCGACGACACAGACCACACAGGCGACGCAAUCACCGGCAACAUCCUGCGCUACGCAUACACCAGCGACUUCAAGACCUUCACCGAGCCACAGGACUAUAUCGUGGGCACUACAGACGUCAUCGACCUGUGCCUCCUCCAGCUUGACAGCAACACCUUUUUGCGGUCAUAUGUCAACAGCAGCAGCAGCGAUGGCUUGCCCGUGGAGAUCAGUAGUAAUGGACUUCACGGUGACUGGUCGGUUCUUGGUUCUGUUGCGGACAGCAACAGCUAUGAAGCCCCCUAUUUCUUUGCCGAUAAUGCAGGCGGCAGUAAGGGAUAUAUGACGGCGGAUCUGGUCGGUAGCUCUCCCGGUAUUUCUGGGUGGACGACGGACGAUCUGAGUAAGGGUGUCUUUACUAAGGAUACCUCUCAUGAUUUGAUCUUUAUGAGACAUGAUUCUGUGCUUGGCGUUACUCAAAGCCAGUAUGAUGCGUUGAAGGCCAUGUAA